AUGGAUUUUGGAAGAAGAAGAACUGAAAAGUACACUUUCAAGAGUCCUAAGAUAAAAGAUCUAAGAGAACUAGGGGAUUUGGUUGCUGAUCCAAUAGGUUUUAAGGAUAGAUAUGGGAUACUUAUGUCACUAUUGAAGAACAACAUGACAAAUGGGAUUCUUGCUACACUAGUCCAGUUCCAUGGUCAGUUGUAUCAUUGCUUCACCUUUCCAGAUUACCAGCUUAUGUCCACACUAGAGGAGUAUUCCUAUUUGCUUGGAUUACAUAUUUAUGAUCAGAUCCCAUUUUCUGGAUUGGAGGAGAUUCCUAAGGAUAAAGUUAUUUCUGAAGCUACUCAUUUGAAGAUGUCUGAUAUUAAAGCUUAUAUGACCACAAAGGGAGGUAUUCUUGGGUUGCCAGCUAAGUUUAUGAUGGAUAAAGCUCGUUACUUUGCUAGUAUGAAGAGUAUAGAUGCUUUCAAGGCUAUUCUUGCCUUGCUCAUUUAUGGAUUGUUCCUCUUUUAUAAUGUUGACAUUAAUGCUAUUAAGAUAUUCUUGAUUGGAAAUACAGUUCCCAGUCUAGUUGCAGAUACCUACCAUUCUGUUCAUCUCAGGAACUCUUAUAGUGGGGGGAUGGUUAUAUUUUAUGUGCCUUUGCUUUACAAGUGGCUUAUUUCUCACUUACCUCGGUCUACUGCUUUUUGGAAUCUUAGGGAUGGUCUUUUAUGGUCACAGAAGAUUAUGUCUCUCACAUAUUCUGAUAUUGAGUGGUAUAGUCAUGCUUAUGAUGAAGUCAAGAUCAUUGAAAAUUGUGGAGAGUUUCCUAAUGUGCCUCUUCUCGAUACAAAAAGAGGUAUCAACUAUAACCCGAUUUUGGCUCAUCGUCAGCUUGGAUAUCCUAUGAAAGAUAAACCAAGCAAUAUCCUAUUGGAAGUCCUCUUCUUUAAAGAAGGUGAAGAUAACAAAUCACUUAAGUAG